AUGGAAUGCCUUGAUGGGACUGAUAACCCUGAAUACUGUGAUAAGAAUAGAAUAAGGGCCGAAAAGAACGAACCCGAAACCCAUGUGAGUCGCCUGAAAAUCCCGCUCCACGAAAGCGAUGACGAAGUCAAAAGUCACACCAAAAGCAAAUCGAAUGGAAUAGGUGUUGGAAAAGACAAACCAACCGAUAGUUGUGAAACUUUGGAAACCCGUUUUAAUGAAAUUAAACGUGAUGAAAGCCCAGUGAAACGAAAGAAUAGUGCUAUUGAAGAGACGUAUGAAAAUGAUCAGGAAGUUGUUGGCGCUUGUGGAGUUUGGAUGUUGAAAGUCGAAAAUAUCAGAGGUGAUCCACCAAGCUUAAAGAAACAUGCUGAUGAAGUCGGCGAUAAUAUAAGAAGGGUGAAAUGUAAGGAUAGUGGUAACAGCCCAUCGUUCAGCAACAAUAAAGUGAAUAUUAAGGUUAAAAGGGUGCAGAUGAAUAAACGAAAGGUUAGAGUUGAAGUAUGGAGAUUUCUUACGAUGAUGAAGUUGCACGGUCUUAUAAUCGAAACCCGAAGUGCCGAUAAAGAUAGAAUUGGUAGUUUAGUGGAACAUCCAUUUAAGAAAAACAAUUUAGGCGAUCGUGAUAAAAAAAAAAAAAAAAUCCCGCAAUUACCCUAA